CAAAUUUCCAGAUUCAUAAACAGAAGGGGGGUUAGGGUUUUAGAGAGGAAAACUAAAGUAUGACGACUCGAAUAGCACCGGGUGUUGGAGCUAACUUACUUGGCCAACACUCAGCCGAGAGAAAUCAAGAUGCCACUGCUUACGUUGGAAAUCUCGAUCCUCAAGUUUCCGAGGAAUUACUUUGGGAAUUAUUUGUUCAAGCCGGUCCUGUUGUUAAUGUUUAUGUUCCUAAGGAUAGAGUAACAAAUCUUCACCAAGGAUAUGGAUUCGUAGAGUUUCGGAGUGAAGAAGAUGCUGAUUAUGCAAUUAAGGUUUUGAAUAUGAUUAAGCUUUAUGGUAAGCCAAUUCGCGUAAAUAAGGCGUCACAAGAUAAAAAGAGCCUGGAUGUGGGAGCGAAUCUCUUUAUUGGAAAUCUUGACCCUGAUGUUGAUGAGAAACUUCUGCAUGAUACUUUCAGUGCAUUUGGAGUAAUUGUUACAAAUCCUAAGAUAAUGAGAGAUCCAGAGACUGGAAAUUCCCGAGGUUUUGGUUUCAUCAGUUAUGAUUCAUUUGAAGCUUCUGAUGCAGCUAUUGAGGCAAUGAAUGGUCAGUAUCUUUGCAACCGUCAGAUAACAGUCUCAUAUGCAUACAAGAAAGACACUAAAGGGGAGCGCCAUGGUACUCCAGCAGAGAGAGUUUUGGCUGCAAGCAAUCCAACUACCCAAAAGAGCAGGCCCCACACUCUGUUUGCCAGUGGACCUCCAACACUUGCCUCUCAGGCCAAUGGUGCUAUGGUCGCACCUGUGCCUCCACGUCCCUUUGCAAAUGGUGUUGUAGCUCCAGGACCAAUUCCAGCACUGCGCCCUCCGCCCCCACCAAAUGCAGCAUUUGCACCGAUGCAGGUUGGUGGUCAAUCAGCUUGGCAUGGCCAGCCACCUCAACAAGGUCAACCAAUGCCACCUCCCGUCAUGCCUGCACCGCCUGUUCAAUUCAGGCCACCCCCUCCAAACAUGCAACAACCUCCUAUGCAAGGAGCUCCCAUGUUCCCAAGGCCUCCCCCACAGCCCAUGGCCAUGGGAGCCCAACAACAAGUUUGGCGACAGCCACCACCACCACCACAGCAAUUUGCUGGAAGGCCCCAUAUGCCACAAAUGUUGAUGCAACCACCGCCACCACCCAAUGCGCUACCACCACCACCACCACCCUCAAGUUGAGACUAGAGUAGAGCAGUUGCGACUAUUCAUAACAUCAGCUACUAUGUUGAAUGUUGCUUGUAUCAUUUUGUUUCUGAUUGUAGUACGUUUUCCUAAUUAGUACCAUAGAGUUGGUAAUAUAAACUGCCCUUUACAA